AAAAAAAAAAAAUUUAAUUUUUUUUUUUAAAAGAAUAUAUAAAUAAAAAGUAUUAUUAUAAUAUUAUUAUUCCUUUUACCUUUUAAACAAAAAAUCAUAUCUUUUUUAAUUUUUGUCGCGUAUCAUUUUUAAUAAUGACUGAAACAACCACUAUACCAGCUAAAGAAGAUAAUAUCACUCCUGUUGACCCUGAAAAGAAGCCUGAGGUUAAACAAGAACCUGAAGCUAUUCAACCUGAAAAUGAAGUCUCUGAUUCUAAACCCGAAGAUAAAGUUAAAGAAAUUAAACCCAUUGAUAAUGGUUAUUUGCAGAAAUCUUCUAAAUUACUUGUGAUGAAACAUUGGAGUAGAAGUUACUUCGCUUUUGGAAGUGAUGGUCAUCCUAUUUCUAUACCCAAUCUUAAGACUUAUCAUAGGAAAAAUGUAAAAAGAGGUAUACCAAAACCAAACGUUACUGGAAAUACUUCUUCUAAUGCCGAAGUCAAAGAUGAUGAACCUUCAAAAGUUGAUGAUUCUACAAAAGUUGAAGAAUCUAAAAAACCUGAUGAAUCUACAAAAGUUGAUGAAUCUCCAAAAGUUGUUGAAGAAUCUCCAAAAGUUGAUGAAUCUCCAAAAGUUGAUGAAUCUCCAAAAGUUGAUGAAUCUAAAAAACCUGAAGAACCUCCAAAAGUUGAAGAAUCUACUUCAACUGAUAUUGUUGAAGAAGUUAAAGUUGAUGAUAAAGUAAAGGAAGAUGUGAAAGAAGAGAGUGAUAAAAAACAGGUCGAUGAUAAAAAAUCACCGGAAACCAAAGAUGAAAAACCCAAAGAUGAAGUAACUGUAACACCUUACGUUAAGAAAGUAUUCGAAAACAUUGCUCAUGCUUCUCAGACCGGUGAAGGCCUUCUAUUCUAUUUCAAAUCUGAAACUCAUCAAACUAUUCCUCAUGGUAUUAUUAACUUGAAAGAUGUAAUAGACGUUAUAGCACUUAAUGAACACAGUGGAAAACAAUUUGCUUUCAAAAUCGAAACAGAACAUCGUACUUUUGAACUUGCUGCUGAUAAAGAGGAGGAUCGUGAGAGUUGGAUAAAAACUAUCAAGGAAAAAGCUGAGAAAGCUAGAGAGUCACCUGUAACAGUUGAUGAAUCUAAGUUUAAUGAAACUUAUGAAAAACUUGUUAAAGGAACAGCUUUUACUGGUGAAGCAUCAAAACAUGCUGGUGAACUUUCUGAUGAACCAUUUUCUGGAGAUGAAGAAACUGCUGAUAAAUCAAGAUCUACUGAGACAAACAAACGUAAAUCUUUCCUUCCUUUCGCUUUUGGAAGAAAGUCUUCGACAAAUGAACCUAUUGCUGCUCCUAUAGUCGAAACUACUGAGGAUGAUAGUAAAGUUGUUGCUGAAAAUACUACGGAAGAAACUGAAGAGAACAAAACUGGUGAACCCAAAUCUCCUCUAAAGGCUAGUAAAUUCCUUUCCUUUUUUAAUAAAAAACCAGAAUCAACUCAAUCAACUCCCAAAGCUGAUGAAGAUAAAGCAAAACCUGCUGAGGAAACUACUAUUGCUGAAACCAGUAAUACUGCUGCUGCUACUACUAAUGGUGCAGAACAUCCUGAAGCUGAGAAGAAGAAAUUUAAUGUUACUGAUUUCUUCAGUAAGAAGACAACAAGCAGCAAAGAGACUAAAGAGACUAAAGAAACUAAAGAAACUCCAAGGGAAGAAAAUAAGGAGGUAACGGAACAAGUAAGAAGGCAACAAGCAGCAAAGAAACUAAAGAAACUCCAAAGGAAGAAAAUAAAGAGGUAACGGAACAAGGUGAACAGACUGAAAGUAAACCU